GAGCGCAUACGGAAGAGGUCGCUUAGCAACGCGCGCUUCCCCCUCCCGCCCCGGGGAAGCUUCUCGGCGGGCGCGGUGCAUUGUGGGGGCGGGGCCUGUCUGAGGCGGGGGCAGCUGCAGUGAGAAACGCCGAGAUGAUGCCAACACCAGUUAUCCUGCUGAAGGAGGGGACAGACACCUCGCAGGGGAUCCCCCAGCUUGUCAGCAACAUCAAUGCCUGCCAGGUUAUCGCAGAAGCUGUGCGCACUACCCUGGGACCUCGGGGCAUGGACAAGCUCAUUGUGGAUGACCGGGGUAAAGCCACUAUCUCUAAUGAUGGUGCCACCAUUCUGAAGCUCCUCGAUGUUGUCCAUCCGGCUGCAAAGACCUUAGUGGACAUUGCUAAAUCUCAAGAUGCAGAGGUUGGUGAUGGGACCACGUCUGUAACUCUGCUUGCUGCUGAGUUCCUGAAACAAGUGAAGCCCUAUGUGGAGGAAGGCCUCCAUCCUCAAAUCAUCAUCCGUGCGUUCCGCACAGCAACGCAGCUGGCUGUAAACAAGAUCAAAGACAUUGCUGUUGCAGUGAAGAAAGAAGAUAAAGAUGAGCAGAGAAGCCUGCUAGAGAAGUGUGCAGCCACAGCCCUGAGCUCUAAGCUCAUCUCCCAGAGCAAGGAGUUUUUUUCCAAGAUGGUCGUAGAUGCUGUCAUGAUGUUAGAUGACUUGUUACAACUGAAAAUGAUUGGAAUAAAGAAGGUGCAAGGAGGUGCUUUGGAAGACUCUCAGCUGGUGGCCGGAGUUGCCUUUAAGAAGACAUUCUCUUAUGCUGGGUUUGAAAUGCAGCCCAAGAAGUAUCAGUCUCCCAAGAUUGCCUUGCUGAACGUGGAGCUGGAGCUCAAAGCCGAGAAGGACAAUGCUGAAGUCAGAGUAAACACUGUGGAGGAUUACCAGGCCAUCGUGGAUGCUGAGUGGAACAUCUUGUAUGACAAACUAGACAAAAUCCACAAGUCAGGAGCCAAAGUCGUCCUGUCCAAACUUCCUAUCGGUGAUGUGGCUACUCAGUACUUUGCAGAUAGAGACAUGUUUUGUGCUGGCCGUGUCCCAGAAGAAGAUCUCAAGCGAACUAUGAUGGCCUGCGGCGGUUCCAUUCAGACUAGUGUCAAUGCCCUAUCGGAUGAUGUUCUGGGCCGAUGCGAGCUCUUUGAGGAGACUCAGAUUGGAGGAGAGAGGUAUAACUUCUUCACAGGCUGCCCGAAGGCAAAGACUUGCACGAUAAUCCUUCGAGGGGGUGCAGAGCAGUUCAUGGAAGAGACGGAACGGUCCCUGCACGAUGCCAUCAUGAUAGUCAGGAGAGCCAUCAAGAACGACUCGGUUGUUGCCGGUGGUGGUGCGAUAGAGAUGGAGCUUUCCAAAUACCUCCGGGACUAUUCCAGGACCAUUCCAGGCAAGCAGCAGCUGCUGAUAGGAGCUUAUGCUAAAGCCCUUGAGAUCAUUCCCCGCCAGCUCUGUGACAACGCUGGCUUUGAUGCCACCAACAUACUGAACAAGCUCCGGGCCAAGCACGCGCAGGGAGGUAUGUGGUAUGGUGUGGAUGUGAACAACGAGGACAUCGCCGAUAACUUUGAGGCCUGCGUGUGGGAGCCAGCCAUUGUGCGCAUCAACGCGCUGACGGCAGCCUCUGAGGCUGCCUGCCUCAUCGUCUCCGUGGAUGAAACCAUCAAGAACCCCCGUUCCACCGUGGAUGCUGCGCCCAGUGGACGAGGCCGGGGGCGAGGCAGACCCCACAACCACUGAGACCCCAUCCCCCAUGGCCAUUGUGACGGGGGCUGGCGCUCUCCUCCAGUGUGCAAAGUGAAGAAGAAUUGAUUUCUAGCUUAAUUAACGGGGUGUUUACCAGAUGGUCAUUUCGAGGGCUUGCAGGCAACCACUGGCCUUGUUUAAUUAGAGUCAAAUCUUGGCCUUGGUAGUGGCAGCCUCCUGCAAGAUGCCCUGCCCCAACAUUUCCUACACAGCACUGAUCCCCUUAGGCUCGCCUCCUCCUUCUGCUUGGAAGCCGCACUGAGCGGAGCCUUCUUCAGUGCUGGCAGGUAGUGCAGCGAGCGUGGGGUUUGUUUGUAUUUAUACUCUGUCUUUUUUUUUUUUUUUUCGCCCCCCUGCUGGGUCUUUUGAACCCAGGCUCAAACACAAUAAAAAGAUGACUUUGUUUCA